AUGGUAUCAACACCAGGUGCAGGGCCUAGCAGACCAACCCCUCCACAGAUACAAUCGCAACCUUUACCGCAACCUCAUUCACAAUCACAUCAUCGCUCACAAUCACAGUCACAAACACAGUCGCAGUCCAACGCGACGCAACCUACAAGGCCACCGAAACGGCUGAGAACAAGGCGUGCUUGCGAUUAUUGUAGAGAACAUAGGAUAAGAUGCGAGUACACCAAUGGGAACGAACAAGGCUCUUGUGCCCAUUGCGAGAACUUCGGUAUCCCCUGCAUGAAAGUUGCAGAAGCCCCGCCAGAUGAAAGACCACGCGCAGCCAAAAUGCAGAAGAGCGGCGGAGGAUCAUCAGCAAGGGAUGAGUCUGCGACUAUGAGUGAAUCACCGAGGGCUUUGAUUCCAGGUACUGUAACAGAUCAUCUAUAUCUGGGUCCAACAUCUUUCUCUCAGCAAGUCCAUCACCAUUUCUCCGGCACGCCUUUCGCCCUGGAUCAACUCCGCAAUCUAGAAGAGAAAUUAGAACUAUCAUAUGAUGUUUUUCAGUGGGCCAAAGGCACGGGAUUCCUCGUUGGUAGCAGGGGGAACAUGGCUAGCUCGCCUCUACCCGUUUCUCCUCAGAACCGUCGGAUCAAUCCAAGUAGCGCACCUACCUUUUCAAGAAUCAAUGAUAAGGUAGUUGAAGAGAUUGGUGGUAUUACGAUGUGGAACAAAUUGAUGUAUCAAGCCCAAACUCGGAUAAUCCCUGUGUGGCCGGUAGUCUCAGUCCACGAGAGUCUGGGCUCUGAGGGACCGACAGAAGAGUUUCUACAGACUUUCAUCACCCAUCAUCCGGAAUCAGCGCCAAUAACUCCGCCCCCUCGCGCAACUCGCCUGGCGUUAUGCACUCUUGCAGCUAUGUCACGCGAUGUCCCCUCCAACAUUCGCGAGUCCUUGCUAUCAGCUCUCAAUGCAGCUGUGGAUGCCCAUGACUUCUCCACCAGCUCGCUAUCUACGGUCCAGCUUUUACUUCUGCUUAGUGUCAAUGAUGUGUUGGCAAACGAGAUUGGCAGGCCAGGUAGGGCGGUAUACAACGCGACUAGAAUGGCUACGGAAAUCGCUCUGCAUCGUAAUGUGUCACCCACCUUCGCUGCGGUUUCUCAUCUGCAUCGUCGAGCUCGAGUCUGGGGUGCUUGUAUCAUAGCAGAUCGAUGGUGCUCGGUUCGACAGGGUCAGAUGCCCAGUCUCGAUCUGUCUCAUGCAGAUGCACCUCUCCCCUUCUCCUAUCCAGAUCAUGUCGUAGAGCCGGACCUCACUCUAACACCAUGUUUCAUGUUCCAUCUUGCUAUGACACGUUUGGCGGAGUUGUUAGGCAGAGCAUAUCACCUGACUGGUACACCUGCUGGACUCGCACGAGCUGAAGAUCUCAAGCUAUUAUUGUGGCAGAGAGAUUUUGAAGCAUGGGUAGAAGGGCUUCCCGCUCAGUGGCCAUACUCAUUCCGACUGGAAACCCCAGAGGCAGCUUCCAUUUUGAGUCUUCUGGCGGUCUCAGUACUAUAUACGUUCCUUCAACCAUUCUUUUGGCCUACUGCUCCUAUACCGCCCAAUCUGACAUAUCGACCGCCAGCAAAGAUGAUGGAAGACUUACAGAGUAGAUCGACAGCAGCGAUAAAUUGGGUCAGUGGCUCGGGGCAGUAUUACUUGGAUAUCUGGUCAAUGCUCAUACACCCGUUUCUGAGCUGUCUGCUUGUACAAGCCAAAGGUCUGCGUUCUGGUGAUCCCUUAGCUGCGGUCAUGUUAGACACCGGUAUUCAGAGCAUACAGAGUUGGGCGGAAUGUGGACCGAAUCGAUCACUCAUGCAUCUACCUCGCGAUGCUAUCUCGAAAACAGUAGAAAUCCUCAAGACAGAACAAGCCUUAGUAUUUCCCUGGAUACCGGCUACCAUCAGUAACUGGAUGACGGAAAUGAAUUUGUAG